AUGAUUUCAAUUCACAGAACAAAAGAAUCAUGUAUUGCUAAUGCUCAAUUUGCGAUUUGGAUAGAAGUUCAUCAGAUUACGAAAGAUACAAGGUCACUAUAUACACUAGGCACUUUAAUGAAUUUAUCGACAGACGAAAUUCUGCAAAUCAAGAUUGUUAUUAUCAAUGACGAAGAUGAUUAUUAUCAACAAGAUAAAUUUACAUGGGAGGAUUUUCACGCCCCUAAGGUAUUAUUUGAACCAAUAGAUUGA